CAAUUUGUCACAGUCGAAACCAUCAUGCUGAAGCUCAGCCUAGUGGCCUGGCUCAUAUUUUCGCUGGCUUGGCGCACCACGCCCACCGCCUGUCGCCAGACCAACGCCCCCCAGAGCGUCCAGGAAAUGCUGGCCGAGCAGCUGCAGAGCUACAUGGACACGAAGGCGCGUCCCUGCGAGAACUUCUACCAGUAUGCCUGCGGGAACUGGCAGAUCCAGCAGCAGGAGCAGCACUCCCUGCGCGACAGGGAUUGGACGAGGGAUCGGCAGCGGUACCAGGGUCAGCUGCUGCCCACCGACACCCUGGGACUGAUAGACCACUCCGUGAACCGGAGGCUGGAGCUGCUGCUGCGGCGAAAGAAUGAGAGCUCCUCCGAGUCGGACUCCUCAAUUCUGGAGCAGAUGCGACUCUACUACCGUUCGUGUAAGCGCCUUAAGCCGUACAACCUCAAGAAGUACCUGCAGCUCCUGCCGCCCAGCAACUCCACGCAGUGGCCAUCGGUGGGUCGUGGCUGGCGUCCGGAGCAGUUCGAUUGGAUAACGACCUUGGGUCGACUGCGUCUGCACGGACUGAACGGGGUGCUGCUGCGGGAGGAGGUUCUGCCGCGAUGGGAUGACUCGCGCAACUACAGCAUCUAUGUGAACAAGCCGAGUCGCCAGGAGACGCAGCCCACGGGAGAAGGUGCCAUGAUCGAACUGCUUCUGGACAUCGGACAGACAAAGCGCACGGCCAACGCCUUGGCUCGCCAGGUGGACGACUUCGAGCGAAAACUACACCGCCUGCAGGAGCUGGAGGACGACGAAGGACCGCGAGAAAUGCAGCUGGGCUACUUAGACUCGUACCUGCCGCAGCUACGCUGGCUGUCCUUUAUGCGCCAGGUGCGAAUCGACUCCGAGCUGGAUCUGCGCUCCACACUGAUCAUCGAGAAUAUUCCGUACCUCAGGGCACUCAGCGACCUGGUGGAAUCGGAGAGCCCGGACACCGUCUGCAGCUACAUCAUGCUCAAGUGGUUGGCCUUCCUCAAGCAACAAGGACCCGCGGACAUUUCACGAGGUGAGUGCGUGGCCGCCCUCAGGAGGGCCAUGCCUCUGGCCAGUAGCUGGCUGGUGGGCCAGCAAUUCUCCGACCCGGAAUCCGAAUCCUAUGUUCGCUCACUGUUCCAGCGCUUAAAGGUUCGAUUUGGCCAGAUCUUGGCUGAGAACCGGAUGAGGCUAUCGCCACCUCUGGUGCACAUCCUGCAGCAGAAACUGCACGCAGUUCGACUGCAGAUGGGCUUCUUUCAACCGGACGAAAUGGAGGAUGUGGAGCAGUACCACGUCCGAGUUGACCUGAGCGGCCACUCCUUCUACGGCAACCAGCUGGUCUUGCUGCGCCAACGCGUAGAGGCGAACCACGAUCUGCUCUACAUAAACGUGACAAACCUCGCCAAUUCCACGGGGAGCAACUUGAGUUACCUGUCGGAAAGCUGGGAGGCCAGCAACUCGUCGCCCCUGUAUGUGAGACCACGCAAUCUGGUCCUGGUGCCGCACGGUCUGCUCCAACUGCCCAUCUGGCAUCGAAACAUCAGCGCCCUGCAGCAGCACGCCGUUAUGGGAUUCGUCCUGGCCCACGAGCUGGCACACGGAUUCGAUAUGUCGGGAAUGGACUACGACGCACUGGGUAACAUCAUGGGGCCCGUGGAGGAGAUCGGCGCUAGCCGACAGUUUCGGCAAGGACUCCAGUGUCUGCAGCAACAGAUGGCCACCGGUUCCAAAUGGAUCGACGAAAAGCUGGCCGACUUUGUGGCCCUGCGGCUGGCUUAUGAGACCUUCUUCGGGGUGCGAGACAAGCGGGAGCCCAGGGAUCCUCUGAUGCCGCAGUUCAGCCAGAGGCAGCUUUUCUUCAUCAGCUUCGCCCAGUUCUUUUGCGGCCGGACGCCCGUCCUCAGUCCGCGUUCUCAGUCGGAGGCUCAUUUGAAGCACGCCGCGGAUGAGUUGCGUGUGAUGCAGACGCUGGCGAACUUUGAAGAGUUCUCAAGGGAGUUCGGAUGCGAUAAGAAGGCCAAGAUGCAGGCCAGCCAGCGGUGCCGCAUCUGGUAAUGGUUCUCUCUU